AAAAAUGAUGAUGGAGACACAGCUGUUGUUGUUGAGAAGGACCAUUUUAUGGAGGAUUUCUUCCACCAGGUUGAGGAGAUCAGACACAGUAUCAGUAAAAUAGCUCAAUAUGUUGAAGAAGUAAAGAAAAACCACAGCAUCAUUCUUUCUGCACCAAACCCAGAAGGAAAAAUAAAAGAAGAGCUUGAAGAUCUGAACAAAGAAAUCAAGAAAACGGCUAAUAAAAUUAGAGCCAAGUUAAAGGCCAUUGAACAAAGUUUUGAUCAGGACGAGAGUGGGAACCGGACCUCAGUAGAUCUUCGGAUACGGAGAACCCAGCACUCGGUGCUGUCUCGGAAGUUUGUGGAAGCCAUGACGGAGUAUAACGAGGCGCAGACGCUGUUCCGGGAGCGCAGCAAGGGGCGCAUCCAGCGUCAGCUGGAAAUAACUGGGAGGACCAUAACGGACGCGGAGCUGGAGGAGGUGCUGGAGAGCGGGAGGCCUUCCAUCUUCACGUGCGACAUUAUAUCAGAUUCACAAAUUACUAGACAAGCUCUCAAUGAGAUCGAGUCUCGUCACAAGGACAUCAUGAAGCUGGAGACCAGCAUCCGUGAGCUGCACGACAUGUUCAUGGACAUGGCCAUGUUCGUGGAGACCCAGGGCGAAAUGAUCAACAACAUAGAAAAGAACGUUACGAAUGCCGCGGACUAUGUAGAACAUGCGAAAGAGGAAACCAAAAAAGCUGUUAGAUAUCGCAGCAAAGCGAGAAGGAAAAUGAUGUUCAUUAUUGUUUGUGUAGUUAUAUUGCUUGUGAUCCUUGGAAUUAUCCUAGCAACAACAUUGUCAUAGCAACCUCAUCCCGAGAGCUGUUUAUCCUUGGAGAUUCAGACCACAUCUGCAACAAAAUCAACAUCCUGUCGUUUAAGGAAUGCAUCUAAGACGUCGUGGCAGGGCAUUGGGAGUGACUUUUUAAUCAGUGAAUUCAAGGAGAAAGCACAACAGAAUGUCUUGUCCAGUGAAGCACUGAGCAGAAGGGAUGUGAGGAGUGAGCUCAAAUGUCCUCGGACUCUAAUAAACACACCACAAAACUUUAACAAAGUGAAACUUGUUUCCAUUGCCUUGAAAUAAGAAAUUAUUGAAAAUUUCAAUUUUUUAAACUAUUUCAGUGUUAAAAAUGUAUGUGAAGUUUAAUUAGGAAUACUUUUAUGUUGUGAAGCUAUUAGAUUUCAAGUCUAAGACUUUCCUUCCUACCCUUCUCCCAGCUAAUAUAUGCUAAUUAAGAGACUUUUUGUACUAUGUUUAAUUUGUGUUUACUUAUUGUUUGAAGAAACAGUUUUUAUCACAGAGCUGUUUUGUAAGAUAUCUGUAAUUUUAAAUGUUUAUAAAUUGUUUAAUAUAUUAACAUCUUAAUUUACCCCAUUUUAUACACUAAAUAUGGCCUUUGGAAUGAAACAGGAAGCUUCAUGAUAUUAGAACUGUCUUUGUACAGUUGUUUACAAAGUCCGCCGCCGUCACAGGAAACGCUGGUCGCAAAGCCGCGCAAACAUCCUUGCACGUGCCUUCUGUGACGCUGGUCCAGAAGGUCGGAAUGUGCCGGAUACCUCCAGAAAGUCUUGAUUAUUUAGCUCCAUUCCUACCUGUUCAUUGGCCCAGGGUAAUAAGUAAUCAGUUGCUGCAGUGUAAAGACAACGGCCUCUUCUUUGUCACUGAACGUGGGGUCUGCGUUUCCCUGUUCAUGUUGAUAAAGUCCGAGGUUAAGAUGGCGAUGAAACCGAGAUGUAGUGCUCUUUAAACUCAAGGAAAUUGCUCCUAGACUUUGAGCAGUUCUCAUAAAUUUAAACUUGUACAGAUCCCUUAAAUGUUCCUGUUAAGUACCUAAUAUUCUGUCAAACUUUAAAAGUUAAUUCCCAAAGUUUAUAGGGAUCUGUGAUAAUUAAACAUUUUUAUUGCUCAUUAUGGUUUUUAGGAUAAUAAUAGGAUUUGUUUUUAGUUUAUAAUACGUGUGAGCUAGAGAACGCACAUCUGUUAAGACAGUAACUGGUCAGAAUUCUAAAUGAGCGCGUGAAGGAUACCCGCAACGCAGUGACCUCCCCCACGGCCGUGCGCGGUCGUAGUAGCACGUGGCUGUGUUCUAACAUCGUCUGGCUCGAAAGUAAUGUGUCUAUGCUUGAUUCAAGCCAUAAGUGUGGGUAAUAUUGGACAGUUUAGAAACUGUGUUCCUUAUUUAAUACAAUUACGAAUUUCACUCGUUCAUAGCUUAUCCAUCCAACCGCUUAGCUUCGACCCAGGUCUGUAUGUAGCAUUUCAUGACUUGCCGCCCUCACCGUGAACGCAGAAUUACUGCAGGAGUAUUCCG